AUGCCGCUCUUACCCGGCAUGGCCUGCAUUCACAUUGUUCCUCUUUCGCUUUAUAACGCCACAUCCUCCGCAGUUUCCGGUGGUUACCUUUUUGAGGGUCGUACUUCCAUCAAUACCAAGCGCCAGUCUAGCUUUCAGGAUUCCCGUCGUCCACGAAAUCCUUCCCUCCGACAUACGGAAGCCGUCUUCUAUUCCGAGUUCAUUUCGUUUUGGAUGCUGGAGCUGUGCCUUUACGGUUUGGCCGACUAUUCGAUUGUACUAUUCGAUACGAUUGGAAAGAAAUGUCAUCUUGCUACUUCGUGGAACGAUGCCGUGGUCAAGACUUGCGAUCACAGUCGGUUAUUGGCCGAUUUUCCAUACCUUAACCGAAUCAAGCCUUCAAGUAUUGCAUCAGCAUUGGAUACUGUGGCUCGCGUUUCCAGAAAGUUGAGUUACCAGUUCAACCACGCCACGGUCAAUGAGUGGGGCGAAUUGUAUGAGCAUCCAUUGGGUUGCGUCUGGAAGCAGAAUACGAUGUCAUCGUCGGAUGCUUCACCUCACGCACUAGGGCGAUGGCCUAUAGAGGAGGAAUACUUGUACCGACACAUUUUGUUUCUUUGUGCAAUUGACGCUGGGGAAUUGGGAUUCGUAUUCCGCGCGGCGAGGGAAGUCACUCGUAUCUUUAAAAAGGAAGGAUGCACAUUUGCGAUCCUCGGGAGUACAGCGUGCUAUCUGUACGGAAAUGACCGUCUAAAUGACCUCGACAUCCUGAUGUCAUCACAUACCUGCAAACCAGAGUGCUUGAAGGAACUCUUGGUCACUAAGAAUCCGGACCGAUUUUAUCUCACAGACGCUAAGACAUCCGGAGCUACCUGGAGGGUCCUUUGGUACCACGACCACAACGUGGAUGGGAAACUGGAGAAAACCAAAGUUGACAUCCUCAAACGGGGGGUGUUACAGCUCCCGAUGAUAUUUUCAGAGGCUAUCGUCGAUAAGCAGGGAUUACCCGUCGUCCCCAUGUCGAUUCUGUUGUUGCACAAACUGAAGGGGUGGAGGGAUAAUAUGGAGUCGACGCAACUGCGUCUUCGGAGCAAGCAUAAUGCGGAUGUGGGAGAUAUAGGAUAG